GCUCAAACAACAAACCCAAAGAUUAUUAUGUGUGAACAUGGCAACCGUUUAAGACAUUACUCUGCGAAAUAACCUUACCAACAAAAACAGAACAUGAUGACUCUGGUGGUUUAGUUCAAAUCGCCGAACAUAACGACUCUUUGGUCGCUGUAAUAUUUAGGUUAAAAAUGUCAGAAACGCGAGACUACAGAAAGUUAUAUGGUGUUAUGACCGCAGUUUCGAAAGUGAGUUCUCUUCCGUACACGCAUGAAACGAUUAACGCCAAAAAUGGCCUACAUUAAUUUAUUUCGAAAGUCUCUUUUUGUUUAUAUAACUGUGUUUCUUUAUUUCGCUUUUGAUGCAAAUGAAUUAGUGUUUGUUUUGGCUUAUGUCCCAAUGUCAAGUGACUGACACGUCAAACUCUCAAAGCGAAUAUCAUUAAAAUUGAAAAUGAAAGUGUACAGUGCAUCUGAAAUUAGUCACACUGGAGAUGAAAAAGAAAGCGAAAGUUAGUUCCAAAUUGAAGAAAUGGCGUCGAAACGUCCCUUUUCUGAAGAGGAUUUUGCGUGUCCUGUUUGCUGUGACAUUUUCAGCGAUCCCGUGUUGCUUCAGUGUGGCCACAGUGUGUGUAGAGACUGUAUCCAGCAGUACUGGAAGACCAAAGUUUCAAGAGAAUGUCCGCUGUGUCGAAAAAGAUCCAACAAGAACCCUCCGGUAAACUUGGCUCUGAAAAACUUGAGUCUCGCUUUCCUGAAUUACCGGGGCCCUUCAGAGGAGCUGUGCGAGGUUCACCGGGAGAGACUGAGUCUGUUCUGUCUGCAUGAUGAAGAGCUCAUGUGUGUGGUUUGCAGAGAGUCACACCAACACAGAAAUCACGCGUGCCGUCCUCUCACUGAGAUCGCUGAGGAACGGAAGAGAGUUUUUAGCAGUGAGCUUGAUCUCUUGACUAGAAAAAUGAAGAUUAUACAACAUGACAAAUUCGAAUGCAGUCACCAGGCUGAGCACAUAUGUCACCAGGUCUGGCACACAGAGAAUGUCAUCAAGAAGGACUUUAAACAUCUUCACCAGCUUCUGUAUGAUGAAGAAAAAGCCAUGCUUGCUGCACUGAACGAGGAAAAGAUGCAGAAAACACAGCUCAUGAAAGACAAAAUUGAGAAGAUGACUGAAGAAAUAUUAUCUCUGUCAAGAACCAUAAGAGAACUGAGAGCUAAAUUUGAUAGUGGGGAUGUCCAGUUUCUUCAGAGCUUCAAGGACAUAUUGGAGAGAGCCCAGGACAUGAACCAAGAACCAGAAACCGUUCGAGGAGGGCUUAUUGAUACUGCACAAUACCUGGGCAAUUUGAAGUUCACAGUGUGGUCGAAAAUAACACGGUCUAUCAGUUACACUCCUGUGGUGCUCGACCCAAACACCGCUAACGCUCAACUUAUACUGUCUGAAGAUCUGACAUGUGUGAGGGACCGAGAUGAGCAAGAGGAGGAGGACGUAGAUGGUGUGCAGCUUCCUGAUAACCCGGAGAGGUUUGAUCGGUGUCCCUGUGUUCUGGGCUCUGUGGGCUAUUCCUCAGGGACACACAUUUGGGAUGUGGAUGUGGGAGAUAGCACUUUCUGGAUGCUGGGUGUCACUACAGAGUCUGUCAAGAGAAAAGGAACCAACAGCUUGCCCAGCGAGGUCUGGUGCAUCGGCUAUGACAGCGACACGCUCAGUUUGAAGGCUCCUCAGGAGUCAUGCAUCCCUUUCCUUGGGUGUGAGAAACCAAAGCGAGUGAGAGUGAAACUCGAUUUCGAUGAAGGACAGCUUUCAUUCUCAGAUCCUCUCAGCAAAUCACUCUAUCACACAUUCACAACCAGUUACAUGGAGAAGGUCUUUCCGUUCUUCUGCAGUCUGUGCAGCGUCUCUCCUCUGAGGAUUCUGCCUGUGGUCAAGCUCUCUAAUUAAAAGAGGAAGAACGUCUGUUUAAAAGUUUUUGUAGGUUUGGCAUGAUGUCUUUCUGAAAAUUUGUACGGUAAUAGAAAAACAGUGCAAAUUGACUGGUGAUUUAUCUUCUUGAACUUUGAUUCCGUGUUCUCUGCAGGGGUU